AUGGCAAAGAGCCUCUGGAAAAUAUGCGCCCUCGCGAUUGUUUUCGCCCGGGGCACCGCCGGCAGUACUACCAUCACCUCUCCUCCCAAGGCCAUUUCACCACGAGCAACCGGAACAUCGUCACCAGUGGCAUCAGCAUGUGCAGCCGCAUCCAGUGCCUCGAAAAAAUAUCAGGUCGACCAUCCUGAAGCUACAAAUAUAUUCAUACCCGCCGAGCUUGCCUAUAACUGCAUGAGAUCGGUUCCGAACUACCAAGAACCUGCGCUCCGCUUGCUGAACUCGUUGCGGACCUAUCUCGAGUUUCAAAGUAACAAAGAGUAUCUGCUAAACCCACCACAGGGGUACCUCUUUCCAAGCCUGGAUCUCGAUGGAGAGUUUGACACUAUACAGAAAAAGGUGGAGGCGGGAGCAUAUGAGAGCGAGUAUGACAUGCAGGUGGAUAUCUUCGCAUUGUUGACUGCGGCGCGGGACGGACACCUUUCAUGGAAUGGAGAUUUAAUGGGCGCAUUCAUGUUUCGUCGUGGUGCUGCACUGGCUGCUGUCUCGUCAGACGGAGAGGAGAUCCCGCAAGCGACAGGCGAUCUUACAGUGCAAGAUGCUACGGGCAAGCGAGGCCCUGUGACCGGAUACGCUCCUUCACCGGUCAAGAGUAUUGAUGGCAUCGACGUCGUGUCUUUUCUCUUAACCCAAUCCAUGAUCUUCAGGUCCCAAGACCCUGAUGUUCUAUGGAACAUGCUGUUUGCCACGCCAGCCCUUCAGUGGAACCCGUUAUUUCAAUUCCCAGUUUUUUACCCGGGACCCUCAACAAAUGUAACAUUUGCCAAUGGGACUACCUUCCAAUACCCGAACGAUGCUUUAGUCAAUUUACCUCUGGAUGGUGUGAACACAGGAGACGACGCCUUCUCCGUCUUCUGUUCCGAGGCCUUUGACACGUACACACAGACAGACUAUGCCAGCACCACCAGCAGCGCAGCUUCCACCACUUCACAAGCACCUGCAACAACUGAGGCACCACCAAGCUCACCAACCAUUCCUGGAUACCCAUACCCAGUGAUUAAGCAUAGCGCAGGCUCGGUUGCUGGGUAUUACCUGAAUGAUACUGGCCUUACCGAUGUGGCUGUCCUUCAAAUUAUCGGAUUUGAGGCCGCGAACAGUGAUUUGCAAGAAUAUGAGCGGGAAUUUCAGUCAGUGGUAGAAAAGUUUCUCGACGCCUCGGUCAAAACGGGAAAGAGGAAGUUGAUAAUUGACCUCCAGGGUAAUGGGGGCGGCUUCGUCGACCUUGGCACCGAUACCUUUGCGCAACUCUUCCCAUCAAUCGCACCCAAUUCGAAGUCGAACAUGCGUGACCAUCUCGGAUUCUGGAUCCUGGGCAAUACUGCAUCCGCAAGUGUUCGGGCCGACCUAAAAACCUCCGACGUCACGGAUGAACAGCAGGAUGAGCAUAACUAUACCCCACUGGCAUAUCAGACGGUCGUUAGUUACCAGUUUUACGAUUUCCCUGAUUUCGAGACAUACUAUGGGCCAUACCCAGCGUACGGCGGGAACUUCACUGCCUUUUUCCAGAAUAAUUACACGGACGAGACUUCUUCAGACUUCGAGGGGACUGGUAUAGUCAUUACAGGAACGAAUAACCGCACGGGAUAUCGACAACCCUUUGCGGCACAGGAUAUUAUCGUACUUACUGACGGCUUCUGUGCCAGUACCUGCACAGUGUUCUCCGAGUAUCUGAAAAGUUAUGCCGGUGUGCAAUUUAUUGCAGUGGGAGGGCGACCACAAACAGGCCCAAUGCAGGCAGUUGGUGGCGUGAAAGGCAGUCAGAUCUUUGAAUUCCCUAGCCUGGCAAUGUGGAGUGAUCUAUUCCACAACCCGAACAACUCAUAUUUGGACCUGGCGAAUGGCACAAUCUGGGAGAACUUCACCUACGAGCCCUAUUUACGAACAUCAGGCGCAGCAUCAGGCGGCGCCGGCGGUGGAGUAAAUGGACGCAACCAUUUCCGGAUCGGUGAUCAGACGAAUACUCCUCUUCAAUUCGUGUACGAAGCUGCUGACUGUCGUAUUUGGUACACCAGAGAGAUGGCCUACGAUCCGACAUUCAUUUGGUCACGAGUGGCGACCAUGGCUUUUCAGGAGCGAAAAGGAACACAGUUCAAUUCGAAAUACUGCAUCGCAAACAGCACAGGACACCCGACCAGUAUCUCUGGCGGGUGGAAGGGUCCAUGGUUAGGGCCACAAGAACCGCCGGCAAAUGCCAGGGCGACGGUCAGCGGUUGGAAGUUAGAAGGCAAACCUCUUCAAGCAUUGCCACCAGGACAUUCGACGACGGACUCGGCACAGACGGGCACGAGCUCACACCCAAGCUCAAAAGGGUCGAACCCGACCUCAACUCCGCGCAGUGGAACAGACACGGUCUUUGGAAAACAACGCCGUGGCUGA